CGAACAGUCAAGGGCGGGCCAUAGUAAAAAUGCUGAUAUUAUUCGAAACAAGUUUGGGUGUCACGCUAUUCAAAUUAAAGGAUGGCAAAAUGACAGAUCCUAACCUUUUUAAGGAAUUUGAGGACUCUGAAUCUGCCUCCAGCUUACUUAAAUUGAAAGCUAUUCACAAGUUCAACAGCACCACAGAAGCUUUAGAAGAUAUCACUUCCCUUCAGGAUGGAAAAUUGACCAAAUCUUUGAAAAAAUUCUUACAAGAUAACAUCCAGUCAGACAAGAAAACGCAAUCCUUGGCUGUUAUGGACCCAAAGUUAGCCUCAACUAUCGCUCAAAAGUUGGACGUCAACGUCGUUAGUGAUUCCACCACAAUCGACUUGUUCAGAGGUUUACGUAGCCAAUUACCAAACUUACUCAACGGUAUCCAACAAUCUGAUAUCGACACUAUGUCAUUAGGUCUCUCACACUCACUUUCCCGCUUUAAGUUGCGUUUCAGCCCUGACAAGGUCGAUGUUAUGGUCAUCCAAGCUAUCGCUUUACUUGACGAUCUCGACAAGGAGCUUAACAUCUACGCUAUGAGAGUCAAAGAAUGGUACGGAUGGCACUUCCCUGAAAUGGCAAAAAUCAUUUCUGAUAACAUUGCCUACGCUAAAAUCAUCAAAUUGGCUGGUUUCAGAACUAACAUCCCACAAACUGACUUAUCUGGUCUCCUUCCAGAGGACCUUGAACAAGCUAUCAAGGUUGCUGCAAACAUCAGUAUGGGUACUGAAAUCUCUCAAACUGAUAUCGAUCACAUUCUCGACUUGAGUGAACAAGUCAUUUCAAUCUCAAACUAUAGAUCAGAAUUAUACGACUACUUGAAAAACAGAAUGAACGCAAUCGCACCAAACCUUACCGCUUUAGUUGGUGAAUUAGUUGGUGCUAGAUUGAUCAGCCAUGCUGGUUCAUUAACCACACUCGCCAAGUACCCAGCAUCAACCGUUCAAAUUCUCGGUGCUGAGAAGGCUUUGUUCAGAGCUUUGAAGACCAAGCACGACACUCCAAAGUACGGUUUAAUCUACCAUGCUUCAUUGGUUGGUUCUGCUCCACAAAAGCUCAAGGGUAAAAUGGCAAGAAUGGUCGCAACCAAGACCUCAUUGUCAUCCAGAUUAGACGCUCUCGCUGAUGCUGAGACAAAGUCUGACAUGUCCUCUGCUACAAUUGGUUUAGAGCAACGUGCAUCACUCGAAUCGAGAUUAAGAGCUUUGGAACGUAGCAUUGGUAUUCAAAGAACCAGAAAUGAGGCUGACGUCGGUGCCAAGAAGCAAUCUAAAUUCGAAUACGAAACUAAUGGAAAUGGUACAUACAACACCAACACCGAUAACCUCUUGCCAACUCAACCAACCGCCCCUGCCACUGAAGAGAAUGGCGAUGGUCUCACUGAGAAGGAACGUCGUAAGGCUGAAAAGAAGGCUGCUAAGGCUGCUCGUAAGAGUCUUGGUGGUGCUGAAGAAGAGGCUACUCCAUCUUCGAAGAAACGUUCAAGAGAUGAUGAUGAAGAAGAAGACGCUUCACCAAAGAAGGAGACAAAGGAAGAAAAGAAAGCGAGAAAGGAAGCAAAACGUGCCAAAAAGGCCGCAAAAUCUGAAUAGAUUCGUGUAAUUAUUUCAUUUUCAUUCAAUAGUGUAUUUAUUUUUUCCUCUUAAUCCAUAUAAAG